CUGCUUUUUCCCCUUUUAAAAGUUGUUAACUAGAGAGUUAUUUCCGUCAUUUCAUUGUAUUUAUUGUUGUUUUUACAGGAAUUUUGAGGAUUAAUUUCGUUUUUGGAUCUUAGAAAAAAAAAAAAAAAAAAUGGUACUGUAUCGAUUGAACAGUAUUUUACGAUUUUGCCCUCCUUAAUGCCACGUCAGUUUUUGUUUUUUUUUUUCACUUUAUUUAUUUCUCUUGUACACUCAAUUGAAGCGGCUUCUUAGCGUUCCCUCCUCCAUAGAAAGCAGCUUCUUAGCUUAGGUUUAUCGGACGACACCUGAACGAUGAAGUAAGACUGUGAUCUGAAAUUCCGCUGAUUUUCAGGUUUAAAUCCUCGAUCUAACAGGUACCCUUCUUUUAUCUCUCACUAAUUUCUAUUCUUCUCAUAAAUCCCAUGGAUAUAUUUGAUUCUUGUAUCGAUUCCCCACAAACCGAACCUCCAAAACCUGAAAUUCGGAGCAAUGAUAACCUAAAUGAUGAAGAUAUUUUUGGUUCCUCUAUAAACUUGGAAGAAUCUCACAUCGAAGAAGGCUACAAAGAUGGGUAUAGGGAUGAUCUUACCUUGGGCAAGCAAGAAGGCUAUGAAGUGGGUCUUAAACAUGGGUUUGAGGCUGGUGAAGAGCUCGGGUUUUACCGUGGUCUUGUUGAUGUUUGGACCUCUGUGAUUCGGGUUGAACCCAACUUCUUCUCUUCUCGGGUAAAGAAGAGUAUCCAUCAAAUUCAGGAGUUGCUUGAGAAGUACCCAUUUAUGGAUCAUGAAGAUGAGAGCAAAGAUGACAUUUUAAAAGAGCUUAGGUUGAAGUUUAGGGCCACUUGUGCUUCUUUAGGGGUUAAAUUGGAAUACGAGGGAUACCCUAAAAAGUCCGAUUCUCAUGAUUAUUGAGUUUUGGGCAUGAGCAAGGUAUUCUUGGUUGACGGCUACAGUAGAUGCAGUAUGGAAUUGGGAAGAUAAGUGGGAAAGAAGUAAAUGAAAAAUAUGAUACUGGCUUGUUGCAAACUAUACAUAUCUGAAAGCCGCAACAAAGCUGCCCUUGAGUCUAUUGAACGAGUAGCCAAGCUUGUGCAUGAUACUAAAGUUGUCAAUAAAUUUGAAGAUGUAACUUAUAACAGAGUUGGCUACACUCUUGUCUCUAAGCUACCUCCAAAGCCGUCAUUGGAUCUUUGCCCUCUAAAAGAUGCUGCUUUUGCAAUGGUUAGCACUGCUUUGAAAGCAAUUGACUUUAAUAUGCACAGUGGAAGCCAUCCUCGUCUGGGAGUUGUUGAUCACAUCUGUUUUCACCCAUUGGCCAGUACUUCUUUGGAGCAGACAGCUAAUAUUGCAAGGUCCUUGGCCAAAGAUGUUGGCACCAAGCUUGAAGUUCCUACCUUCUUAUAUGGAGCAGCACAUGAAAAAGGACAAACUCUUGAUUCAGUAAGAAGAGAACUUGGCUACUUUAGGCCUAACAUUAAUGGAAAUAUCUGGGCGGGAGGGCUGAGCUCAGAGACUUUACCUUUGCAUCCAGAUGAAGGGCCAAAUCAAGCUGACCUAUCAAAGGGCAUUGUUGUUAUAGGGAGUACAAGAUGGGUAGAUAACUACAACGUCCCUAUCUUUUCCACCAAUCUAUCAGCUGUUCGUAGAAUUGCCAAACUCGUUAGUGAAAGAGGAGGUGGACUUCCAUCAGUUCAAGCUAUGGCACUUUCUCAUGGAGAGGAAGUCAUUGAGGUUGCUUGCAAUCUAUUGGAACCGAACAAGGUUGGAGGACAUCAAGUUCAAAUUGAAGUUGAGCGCCUUGCACAGGAAGAAGGUAUGGUUGCUGGUAAGGGUUACUUUACUGACUUUUCACAAGAACAAAUCAUCAAUGCUUUCUUGGAUUCUGGAGAUACAUCUGUUUGACCAUUACUUAAUUGUUAAUAGGAUUAUCUCUGUAAAGGUGCCAGAUUUCUUUGAUGCAUCAUACUCUUGUGAAAAACAACUUCCGAUUAUGAUACAACAUAUUACAAUAGCAGUCAAAUCUUUCCUUUGAUUUUGUUGUGAUUUGAGUCUACUAAUUGUGUUACAGCUACGAUGCUAUGUUACUAACUUGGGUGAAUAGUGCUCUUAAUCAAUAUUUAUUUGUUAG